CUUUGAUAUUUCAGUAGCUAAAUAUGUCUUCUUUGUUCUCUAGCUUUAAGGGCACCGCACAAUCCCUCACCGCAAUCCGCCGUCCGUGGCGGGAUUUCUUCGACAUCACUGCCGUCGACAUCCCAACCUCCGACGCCACCACCCGAAUCGCCCAAAACCUAACCCAUUUCCGCCUCAACUACACCAUAGUCCUCCUCGUAAUCCUCUGCUUAUCCGUAAUCUACCACCCUCUAGCCCUCGUCACAUUCUUCGUCAUCUUCCUCGCUUGGUUCUUUCUCUACCUCGCCCGGGAUCGCGAUGAGCCCAUCGUGAUCUUCGGCUUCUUGAUCGACGACCGAGUUGUCCUUGCCGCGCUCGUCGGGUUGACGGUGGCCGGACUGGUCCUGACCCGCGUUUGGGGGAAUGUUCUGGUGGCUGUUGCCGUCGGGGUCGGUUUCGUGUUCUUGCAUGCGUUGUUGAGGAGUACGGACGAUUUGGUAAUGGAUGAUUUGGAGUCACCGUAUGGGCACGUGCUUGCCGGCGGGGAUGAGGAGCUCGAUAGUCCUAGAGGGGAUUAUUCUGGUAUUUGAUUAUUUGGGUUUUUUCUUUAGAUUAAACAUAGUACAUUUGCAGAAUUGUUUAACGUAGUCUCAUUGAUUACAAUGAAAAACCAUCCGAAAUUAUCAGUUUUUUUUUUAUUUUCAUUUUCCCACUACAAUCUCUUGCAUGUUUUCAAUAUCCUUGAACCGUUGUGUUCUAAAAUUAGUUUGAAUGAAAGUUGUUACUGUUGUUUUUAGUUGAAUU